AAAAGAAAGAGAUAACCACUAAAAUAAAAAUAUACAACAAAUCUGUGUAAGCCAGUUAUACACACCUUAAAGCGUCCUGCAGGAAGGACUUCGUACACGUUUCACUCGGAUCGACUAUCUUCGGAUUAUUCCUCAACAGCAGCCGAAGUGCCGGCAACAACAAACAACAAGAACUGAAAAAAAAAUAUCCAUUUGCGGGAAUUGAAAAACAAAAUUCUCGCAGAGUUCUCUAAAACGUAUCUUGAGAGCCAAAGAAUCAUCGAAAAACAAAUAACAUAAUGGGAGAACUCGAGGAGAAGGAAACGCCACCGACAGAGACAACGGCCGCACAGCAGGAGACGCUGGAGGAGCCCAAGGAGACGGACAAGAUGCUGGACAGCAAGAAGACCGAGAAGACGCCCAGUCCGCAGUCAUCGAAGCCGGCCACCCCCAAUGCGGGCAAGAAGUCGCCGGUGGGCGAAAAGACCAAUGAAGAGAAGGGACAUGAGAUCAUUGACAUUCCCGAGGAGAAGGAGAAGCCACAGCCGACGGAGGGCAGCGGUGCAGGAGAGGAGAAGAAAAUCAGCAAGGAAGAGCGCGAGGUGAAGCCCAAGAAGAUACCCAUCGGUGGCCUCAAGCUGCCGGGUUUCUUUAUGAAAAACAAACCCAAGGCAGAGGGCGAUGGCGCCGAGGGCGAGCUGCUCGAAAAGGAUGCAGAGGACAAGGACAAGGAGGCGACGGCAGUCAACGGAGAUGCCGCCGCUGCAGCAGCAGCAGCAGAGCCCAAGCCGCGUCCUGGCCUGGGACAGCGCCUCAGGAGCUUCUUUGUGCGCAAGCCAGGAGCCGAAAAGGAGAAGAAGGCGCUCGUAAAUGGAGACGCGGAUGCCAAGUCGGAAGCCACUGCUGAAGCUGCCGCAGCGGAGGACGCAGCAGCCGUGGAUCCGCCACCGAAGCGAGGACUCUUGAAUGCCAUCAAACUGCCGAUUGCGAAUAUGAUACCCAAGCAGCGAAAGAACGGCGACGAUGUGGAGAUGGGGCUGGGCGGCAAGGCAGGCCUCGCCUCGAUGGAGACUCUGGAUGAUUCGCUCAAGGAUCAGGACACGGUGGAUCGUGCACCCGUCAAGAAUGCCAAUGGCACGGAUGACAUCAAAAGUGAACUGAAGGACGAGAAACUGGCCGCAGAACAGAAGCUCGCCGCCGAAGAGGACGAACGCGAUCGUCCCAUUUCGCUGUUGCAGCGCCUCCGUGGCUACAAAUGCAGCGUGGACGAUGCUUUGAUUGCCUUCGGAAUCCUGUUGUUUGUGCUGCUCCUCGCGGUGAUUGGAUACGUGCUGACACACGAGACUUUGACCUCUCCCCCGCUGCGCGAGGGUCGCUACAUUCUCGCCGUAACAGGCUGCGGGCCCGUGGAGGGGGUCAAGGAGGAUGGAGCCUUUGCCUUCCGUGGCAUACCCUAUGCCAAGGCGCCCGUGGAUGAGCUGCGCUGGAGACCCGCACAGUUGAUCGACAGCAUCGACGGCUGCUGGAACGACACGCUGCAGACGCACAACAGCAGCGUCGUCUGCACUCAGCGACUGGGCAACGGCACCACUGUGGGGGACGAGGAUUGCCUCUUCCUGGAUGUGGUGACGCCCCAUGUGCGCUACACGAAUCCCCUGCCCGUGGUGGUGCUCAUUGGCGCCGAGACCCUGGCGGGGCCAUCGCCUGGCAUACUGCGUCCCUCGGCCCGCUAUUCCCGCUCCCAUGAUGUGAUCUUUGUGCGCCCGAAUUUCCGCCUGGGCAUCUUUGGAUUCCUCGCCUUGGAAUCGCUCACGAAGGAGGCGCACCCAAGGACCUCUGGCAACUACGCUCUCACCGAUAUCAUUGCUGUACUCAAGUGGAUCCAGUUGAAUAUCGUUAACUUUGGAGGCGAUCCCAAGUCCGUGACUCUUUUGGGACAUCGUGCGGGCGCCACUCUGGUCUCUGCGCUGGUGAGCUCCCCCAAGCUCAAGGAUCUGUACACACGCGCCUGGUCCUCCUCCGGAUCGGCCAUAUUCCCCGGCAAGCCCCUGGCAGAGGCGGAGAAGCUUAAUCAGCAGUUGAUGGUCACCCUGGACUGCAGCGAUGUGGGGUGUCUGCGCGACGCCUCCAGCGAGAAACUGUGGGCCGCCACACCCGACACUUGGCUGCACUUCCCCCAGGAUCUGCCCCAGCCGCAGGAGAUCAACAGCGGCAGCCGUCACGAGUGGCUGGUCCUGGAUGGAGAUGUGCUGUUCCAGCAUCCCUCGGAGUCGUGGAAGCGCGACCAGGCCACCGAGCAGCCGCUGCUGGUCGUGGGAGCCACCGCCCAUGAGGCGCACACCGAGAAGCUGCGCGAGCUGCACGCCAACUGGACGAAGGAGGAGGUGCGCGAGUACUUGAACAAUUCGCAAAUCGGAGCCCUCGGCCUCACCGAUGAGGUGAUCGAACGCUACAAUGCCACGAACUAUGCCGCUCUGGUGUCCAUCAUCACGGACAUACGCACCGUUUGCCCGCUGCUGACGAAUGCCCGCCUCCAGCCGAGCGUACCCUUCUAUGUGGUGACCCAGGGCGAGGGCGAGGAUCAGCUGGCGACAGUGGAUGCCGAUGUGCAGGCCAUUCUGGGUCGCUAUGAGCCCCACACCGUGGAGCAGCGCCGCUAUGUGUCGGCCAUGCAGCAGCUCUUCUACUAUUAUGUAUCGCACGGCACGGUGCAGUCGUUCGAGCCACGCCGAAGGGUGAUCAAUGUGGGGCAGGACGCACAGCCGCAGGAGGACUACGAGCAUUGCAAUUACUGGAUUAGCAAGGAUAUAGUGCCGCGCUAUGCGCGCAUCGAUUGAGGAGGAGCCGACUAAGAAAAACCAAAAGCAGAUAAACCCCCACCCCGCCCCCUUCUUUCUC